UCUCGUUCGACUAUAAAAUGGCGAACGCGUAUUUUAUAAUCACAGUUACACAUCGUCUGUUAACUUUGACACACAAGAUGAAAUCCUUCGUUGCCAUUCUUGCCGUCGUGGCCGUCGUUGCCGCCGAUGUCUCCCACAUAGUUCGCAGCCCCGAAGCUGACGCUCAGGUCCUCCGUCAAGAGGCCGACGUCCUCCCAGACAGAUACAGCUACUCAUACGAAACUAGCAAUGGCAUUGCUGGCCAAGAAAGUGGACAAUUGAAGAACGCUGGACGUGAGGAUGAGGCCAUCGAAGUCCAAGGUUCCAACCAGUACACCGCCCCUGAUGGCACUCCUAUCCAGAUCACCUACGUUGCCAACGAAUUCGGUUACCAACCUCAGGGCGCUCAUCUUCCCACCACCCCUGCUCCUCAGCCAAUCCCUGAAUACAUUCAGAGAGCAAUUGCCUACAUCGCCGCCAACCCACCCAGGCCUGAGCCUGUCAAUCGCAGAUUGUAGAUUAGAUAACUAUGUUUUAAAUUAAAUAAGCCAAAACCACAUACUCUUCAAAAUUCUAUGUAAUACGUACUCCUUUACCUCUAGUCGCAAUAUGAAAAUAAAAUUACAGAAUACGUACAA